AUGUACGAAGAGGCAUCAGACGAUCCUAACCCUUUCCGUACCGUAUCCAAACCCUCAGGACCUCUAGAGCCUUCAAGAAGUUCAAGAAGUACAACACGCAUCGUACUCAGACCUUCAGGAUCAUCAGGACCUUCAGGACCAUCAACAAGUCUAGCAAGUCCAGAACGUUCAGGACUAUCAACAAGUUCAACAAGGAAAACACGCAUCGUACUCAGAUCUUCAAGACCUGUAGGACCUUCAACAAAUUCAACAAGUACAGCACGCACCGUACCUAGGCCUUCAGGACCAUCAGCACCUUCAAAAAGUCCAGCGAGUCCAACAAGUGCAAAACACGCCGUGCCCAGACCUUCAAGAAGUUCAACAAGUUUAAUACGCGUCGUACUCAGACCUUCAAGACCUGUGGGACCUUCAACAAGUCCAACAAGUCCAGAACGUCCAGGAUCACCAGAGCCCCAAGACUGCCUCAUCGUUGAACCAAUGCCAAAGCCAUCUAGGAAGGUUGUUCCGACACCAACAGGCGGCAAUCCUCAGAAACGCAAGCGUGACACUGUGACAGAAGAAACAGAGCAGCUUGAGAAUACUCCACCAGCCAAACGUGCUCAGACUGAUCAACAAUCUAUUACCAAGCCAUCCGGGAAGGUUGGUCAGAAAACCACACCCGGAAAUGCUCAGAAACGCAAGCAUGACACUGUGACAAAAGAAACAGGGCAGCUUAAGGAUACCCCACCAGCCAAGCGUGCUCAGACUGAGCAGCACUCUAUUCCAACUCCUGUUGAGACACCCUUCAGUAUCACUGAGCGUCGAGCCAGCAGUUCACCCCUUAAAACUCCAUCGAGGGCUAAAGACAUGACAUGGCCUUCGCCCCAAGCACACAAGUUUUCAACUCCAGGACUACCAAGGCCUGGAAUCAUACUUGACCAAGACAUCCCCAGCCCUUCACAGGGGCCAGGAAAAGCCAAGCCACCUAAACGGCCACACAGCCUUAGAAAACAUGGAGAAGCCCUCCUCUUCACUCUGGAAAGAGUCAACGAAGAAUAUCGUGAUCAGUUGGUCCAGCUAGUGAUAGCUAGCCCUCAAAUCAAGGUAAGUUGCUCGGCCGGGCGCUUAUGCGGAUACCACGGGAAACAAACUCCUGUGGUCCCAGUGAUGCAUGAAUGGUACUCGAUAAAAAUAAACUGGCCACAGAUUGGUUUGAGCGACGGAGCUGGCCCACCGGCAGACAUAUACCAUAUCAGUUGCUAG